GACAUGAAGGCUGGACUCCCCCCUCUUCUGUGACAGGUGCGAAGAGACCACUUCUGAAGUUGGGGAACCCCAGGGAGGGUUUAGCGGCCAGAUGCCCAUGUUGAGCGUCCACUCCUUGAAACCUGAGGCCCUGCACCUGUCACAUGGGACCCCAGAGUUCCUAGGCUGCCAGCGGCGCCACACGCUCCCUGCCAGUGAGUUCCGCUGCCUCAACCCGGAGGAUGCCAUCAGUGUGUUUGAGAUCGAGCGAGAAGCCUUUAUCUCUGUCUCGGGUACCUGUCCCCUGUACUUGGAUGAGAUCCGGCACUUCCUAACCCUGUGUCCAGAGCUGUCGUUGGGCUGGUUCGAGGAGGGCCGCCUUGUGGCCUUCAUCAUCGGCUCACUUUGGGACAAGGAGAGACUUACCCAGGAGUCGCUGACACAGCACAGGCCUGGAGGCCACACAGCCCACCUGCACGUCUUGGCAGUGCACCGCACCUUCCGGCAGCAGGGCAAAGGCCCUGUCCUGCUGUGGCGAUACCUUCACCACCUGGGCGGUCAGCCAGCUGUGCGUCGGGCUGUGCUCAUGUGCGAGGACGCACUGGUGCCCUUCUAUGAGAAACUUGGCUUCCAGGCUGUGGGCCCAUGCGCCGUCACCGUGGGCUCCCUCACCUUCACCGAGCUACAGUGUUCCUUACGGAGCCACGCCUUCCUGCGGAGGAACAGUGGCUGCUGACCCAAGCUGCCACUUGGCCAUGGAGAGGUGGGGGUGGCAGGCUGGGGGCUUCUGUCCAACUCCCAUGUCACACCCUUCUCAGCC